GCAGGUACUGUUAAUGUUCACCUAAACUUUGUUCACUCCUCAUUGCCUGAGGAGUCCCUUCAGAAAUGUGAGGAAACAAACCAUUAGAACUAACCUACUUAGUACCUUCUAAAACAUAUGUACUGAUCCUAUAAGUAAGCAUUAAAACCACAGUAACUGAGCCAUUAAUCUUUAAUAAAACAUCUGUUAAAAAAACCCCCCACAUCUCCAUUCCCUGGCAGGGAAUACAGCUGCCCACAGCUACUAAGACCAAACAUUUCCAGUGCAGACACUGUUGGCACUACUGGGCUGAACCCAAAAUGUCUUCGAAGCUGGAUCAACAAUGUCCAUGAAUAUUCAGGCACUAAGGAAUUCGGGCAGAUAUCCCAGAAGCGGCAAGACCCGGUGCUGAAUCGAAAGCUCUCCCAGCUUUUUGUGUUGGAAACACAACCAUUCAGAUGGCUUUAUGCUCUAAUGGGACCAUUGAAGAUUAUGAAAGAAAUAAACAACUAAAAUCAUUCUCUGUUGAUUAAAAGAAAGUAUUUCCGCUUUUUUCCCUUCUUAUGCAGCCAGUAACAAUGCUGCCCCUCACAGAACUGCACACACUAUUGUUCAGCAGCUGCUGCUUAUCCAUCCCUUUGGAUGAGAACUGUUGCUUUGCUCUUCCCCCUCGUUAGCAGUAAUGCAUGGGGACAAAGCUGGCCAGGGGUUGUUUUCUGAAGGGCUCAGGUCACAGACAGCAUUUGUUCUCUCUGCCACAGCUCAGCGUGGAGCUGGGAAAGCAGGUAUGACAGCCACAGAUCCAGGGAGUGUGGGAGGGAAGCAGAAGAGGAGGGGCAAGCCAAGCUGCUGCUGCUCUGCCGCUGCUCCAAGCUUCCAGGGCAGCCUCAUCCUCCGCUCUUCUGGCACGGACUUUUUCUCUGCCACACCAGCAUCAACUGCCAAACCUGGAUGUCACCUCUUGGAUGACACAAAUUCCUCAACUCCUUUGUUUGCCAGUCCCUGGAAUAAUCUGCACCAGAGACAGAGAGAACUUGGAAGAAUCAUCUGAAGAAAAUUACUCUUCAAAGGAAAGACACGGCAUUGGAAAAAAGUUCACCUCUGGUCACCCCUAACAAACACGGACACACCUGUCAGAGUCAGGGCUGCAGUGACUGUUCCUUGCCUGGCUCCAUGGAGGAGCAGGAAAACAACUUUGUGCUUUCCCUUGGAGCCAACACCAGCAGCAGGUGCAGCCUUGAGAUGAACCAAACAGAGGCCCCAAUGUGCUGGGCAGGAGCAACCAGGGGUGGCCCAGAGGUGGUGAUUGUACCGGUGCUUUUUGGGUUGAUUUUUCUGCUGGGAAUGGUGGGAAACACGUUAGUGUUGGUUGUUUUGGGGCGUCUCCGGCCUGGGGGACGCCCAUCACGCAGUGCCACCAAUAUCUUCAUCCUGAACUUAAGCAUUGCAGACUUCUCCUUUCUGCUCUUCUGCGUUCCCUUCCAGGCCACCAUCUACUCCCUGCCAGAGUGGAUCUUCGGUGCCUUCUUUUGCAAGUGGGUUCACUACUUGGCCAUGGCUACAAUGCUGGUCAGCAUCUUCACUCUGGUGGCCAUGUCUGUGGACAGAUACAUUGCUGUGGUCCAUGCCAAACGCUCGCCCUGCAUCCGCAGCAAGCGCAAUGCUGCCCUCGGCGUGGCUGUCAUCUGGCUGCUGUCUCUCCUCAUUGCCAUCCCCGUGGCCCAGCACCAGGCCCUCAUGAGUGGCCAUCAGCAAGCACCCAACAGCUCUUUCUGCUGGGAGCACUGGGCAAACGGUUCCACAGCCAAGCAGAUGUACAAGAUUACCAUCCUGCUGGUGGGAUACCUCCUGCCCCUGCUGCUCAUCACCUGCUGCUAUGCCAAGGUUUUAUACCAUCUCCAUACGAAAGUAAAGAACAUUUCCAAGAAGUCAGAGAGAUCAAAGAAGAAGACAGCGCAGACAGUGCUUCUCGUGGUUGCUGUGUUCCUGCUCUCCUGGCUGCCACACCACAUCAUCACCAUGUGGGCAGAGUUUGGGCACUUUCCCCUGAACAACAUCUCCUUCACCUUCCGCAUCAUCUCUCACUGCUUGGCCUACGGGAACUCUUGCAUCAACCCCAUCCUUUACGCUUUCCUCUCGGAGAAUUUCCGCAAGGCCUGCCGGCAAGUCUUCACCUGCAAGCUCUUCCUGCGGCCGGUUUCCGCUGAGAAACUGGCCAGAGUGCGCAUGGAGAACUUCUCUACCACACACUCCACCACAAACGUGUAAGCUGGGCUCACAAAUAUGAUUCAGGAGGAAGAGGAGGGAAGAUAGUUCUGUCUGGGGAGAACAUACAUACAAAUGCAUUCCAGGAAGCAGUGGAGUCUCCAACAGUGUGCUUUGCCAGGUUACUGGAGUGGUAGGAGAUGUAUUUCCCUCUCGCUGUGAUAUGUGACAGAGCUUGUCCUAGGGUACCUUGCUAGACAUUGAGCUACAGACUUAUCUGAAUGCCCAUAAGAUAGAGCCCAAAUGAAGCUGUAGUUAUGACCAUAGAAUCUAAAAUAAUAUUUAUGCAGAAGGUAGAACAUGUACAGACAAGAAUACAGCAGUUAAUUAUGUCUAUAGACAGUCACUGAGAUGUGAACGUGUGAUGUGACAUUCAGACAGUUUGGGAGAAGUCAAACUAAAGUCUUUGGAUGUCUUUUUCUUCACCAAAUUUGACCAUACACAUUUAGCUCACUACCAGAGAUAGGGUCUCUACAAAUUUCCUUGAAGGCUUUGUUGUAGCAUUUACCUAUUGGGCAAUUACACCUUUCACAUGAUGUGUCAGUGAUGUGGCUGGCUGCAUUUGGUGGCUCUGCAUCAUCUUAUUCAUCCCAGGGUCUGAGUGCCUGUGUGCUCCUGUGUAAAAUUACUGCUGUUAAUCACUGGGUCCAGCAACAGGAAAGUGUUAUUUCUUUAUAUAUGCUUAAAAAACUGUGAUUCUGUUUAAAAGUACUGUCUACAAAAGGUUUUACUGGUAAAUACAGUGUUCUCUUGAGUCUAUCUACCCAAGACUUUUUAUUAGCCACUUUCGUAUAAUGCCUAAAAUUUGUGGUGAGAAUUUUUUGGGGUUUUUUGUUUGGUUUUUUUGACGAACCAUUGUGAUCAACAGUGCACUAGCAACAAAUAGGUAAGAGUAUUUGUACCCUUCAAGGUUACUACUUGUAACUAUAUGAAGUGCUUAUUACUUCAAAAGUAGGAAGCAAAUGGUUGAAAGAAUUUCAUUAUUUCACUGUGUUAUCUUAGUAUUUCUGUGUACUGCAGUGCAGAGUGACCUGUUCACAGACAGUAAAAAUGUGGGUUACAGAAGUUAAACUACCAAUUAUUUGCAGUCCAUGCAAUGAAUGGGUUUCCAGUCUCCAAAUGGAUCAUUCUUUCACUGUAUUUCUAAAACCUGUGAGCUAUUGUAUUAAAUAAUUUUACUGCAGUUUGUAACUUCUUUUAAGAGCACCUUAACUGUGCAAUAUGAACAGAGCACAUGUACAAUAGGAUAAAGUCACUGCCUGAUCCUUGGGUCAUCCUUGAUCUGUUAAAGUUUUCUCUUUGUUUGCCU